GCUGUCAACACAUAAAUGUCAUAACGCUGACCUUCGGGCUUUGUUCAUAAUAUUUGGAAAUGAUAACAUUUUGGAUAUAAAUCUUUAUUUUUGAGUAUUUUAAAUAGGCGAUUAAUGAGCAGUGAUGGCGCAGACCAAUCAAGUGACGCUAGACAUCGACGAUGAGGCGCCAGCCGAGAGUCCACCUCGAAUUAAUGUGUUACACAGAUUGGAUUCUGGAUCUCGACCAGUGCCCCCUAACCGAAAUAAUCUGGGCCUCGGCGACCGCCUCAACAGUGUCUUUAGAGAAAUCAGGCCGAUUGUUGAACAUGCACGAAUGGGUAAUAAUGCAAGACUGUCUCUACCGACAUGGCUACCACGAACCACACCAGGGACGCACCAAACAGACGGUUUGCAGAGGCCACAGAGCUCCAUAGCACACGUCAACCUUGGCCCAAAUGCUCAGACAUACAUAGUAACUGAACGCACAGCUCCUCCAGUACAAAGACAGCAGUCAGGCCAUGGAGUGAGCAGUAGUGCGUCAAACGACUCUAAUUUAUCGGAGCCAGGACCCGAUCAUCCUGAGAUCAACGUGUCAGUGAACCCGGCAAACAACAACAACAUACAUGAUGACGGAGACAACGACAGUCACAGUGAAGACGGUACUCAACAGGUAUAUGUGGUAGAUGUGAGGGCAACACUGAACCUGUUAAUAAAGUACGCUCCGUUCUACUUCAUCCUGUUCAUUAAGUUCAUGUAUGACAGUCGGGAGGCUAUAUUCACCUUCUGUGUGCUCUUCUGCACAUUCUCACACUGCAAUAGUUUAGUAAGAAGAGAACACGGGAAGCAGAUGAACCGUAGUAUAGUAGCGUUGUUCUGCGAGUUAGUGCUAACGACGGCGGUGGUGACACUCAUCCACUUCUUCUGUGGCCAUGGGCGGUUGCUGCCCAACGUCAUCAUGUUCCCGGGAUACAAGAGCCCCAUCACGGUGUGGGAACUUCUCUGGCUGGUCGUGUUGACAGACUUAAUUGUUAAGAUAUUCACAGUCAAUAUUAAGACUCUAGUUACUAUGAUGCCGGCGUUCCUACUACCAUUUCAGAAAAGGGGCAAACUAUACCUAUUCAUAGAAGCGGUCUCGCAGCUCUAUCGCUCACUGUUGACCAUACAACCGUGGGUUUUCUUCCUGCUCCAAUCAUACACGGGAUCCGAGAAAAUGGUGGGAAUGUUCCUAACGUCCGUCUAUGUUAUUGCUAAGGUUAUCGAGGUCCUUGUUCGACUGAGACUGUUUAAGAAUGCUACAUGGAUGCUGCUGCAGAGUGUGAGUCUCGGCACAAAACCUACGGGCGAACAGUUAUUGUCGGCUGGCGACUCGUGUCCGAUCUGCCACGACGACUACACGACGCCAGUGAGGCUGGGCUGCAGCCACAUCUUCUGCGAGCUGUGCAUCAGCGCGUGGCUGGACCGCGAGCACACGUGCCCGCUGUGCCGCGCCAAGGUCGCCGACGAGCCCACCUGGCGCGACGGCUCCACCACAUACGACUUCCAACUCUAUUGAUGCCCAGUGCGAGAACGCCGCGAGUUCUAAGUGAGAAAGUGACUAGUGAAAGUGUUAAGAAGUCUCGAGCGUCUUCGACAGUGUGAUAUGUAGAAGGGUAACAUAAUUUAACCAAAGACAAGAUUCCCCCAGUUAAAGGAAGGUUGGUGGAUAAUAUUCUUGUAAUUUACAGAAAGGUUUUAAGGCAUUUUAGUCGGUCCUAUUUUUCAAUUGACGCUCACCUACCGCAAGCAUUCCAAUGGAAUUACAAGAUUGAUAAUAAGUAUGACAAGUUUCGAAGAGAAUUAGCUCUCUCACCCACAGCUGCAUACACACAUACAUAAACUCACACGUGUUUCCCACAUGAGUAAGCAUUGACUAUCGAAUUCCAUUUGCUUGGAUCCUGACAUACUUCUCUUGCUUUCUCCGCAUUCAUCAAUCAUUUCACCAAGCCAAAAAAAAUGUUUCAACGCAUUCCCAAAGCUGUAUGCUUCAGGCAAGACAUAAGUCUAUUCAACAGUUGUUCAAUCCAAUAUUUCAGCUUAGAAAUACUCCUACUUUAUCUAAAUGGCUCAUAUAAAACUCAUUUACUCUGCAAAUCGAGUCAUUUUUAAUACUUGCAUAGUACUUUGUUUUUUCUUAAAAAAAUAAUCAUACUUAGUCCAAUCUACUUUUCCUUAUCAAGUGAAUUUAUUUGUUAAGCGUGUUUAUAUUGCAUUAUACAUGAAUUUGUGUAAAUAUUUAUUGUAAAAUUAGUAGGAGAUUGUGAAUGGCUGUGUUUGUAUACUUUGAGUCCUCAGGUAGUGUUUGGUUUGAUUCAUUUAAUGAAUGAGUUAUCAAGUGCAUGUGUAACAAUGUCACUGUCUUCUCUCUCUUUAUUUUUUAUGAACUUUUAUUAUCAAAACAUGUCAGUAAAAUGAUAAAUGAAAUCAUAUUUUGUUAAUAAGAAUCCUGUAUAGAAUUGAUAGGCCUAAUUAAUUAUUUAGAUGUGAUAUUUUUUUCAAAAUUAUUAAUGGUGCAAAGCAUUUAAUAUUAUGCCCCAUUUGUAUAAGUCUGUAUUCUACUUUGGAUGUAUUGUAUAAUGUAACAUUUCUUUUUCUUUGUUAUACUGAUUUUGAGUUGUUUUAUUUGGCUUUUCACAUUUCUAAAUAAUUUACUUAUAUUGAGGCUUUCCAAGUCAUUUGGGUUUUGAGAUUUCAAAAUGCAUUUAAAUAUUAUUCCUAUAAUAACAUCUAAUCAUGGUAAAAUAACUAAAAUAUAAUUUGGUCUUGAAAUGUUGACAUUCGUAUUUAAAAGUUAAAGCUAUAAAAAUCCGUUCAAUAUUAGCCAAAUAGCAUGUAAGUACGUUUUUCUGAAUAUAAACUAGUAUAUAACAUAACAUCCAUGUAUCUCCAGAAGGGUAAACAGCAGUAUACACCCACUCCCCACCAGAUAUGUUUAAGUCCCAAGAAAUAAAUAGUAUACAUAUGAUAAUUAGAGAAAUCUUUCUCUUUAAAAUAAUAUGUAACGUUUAAAUAUGUAAUCCUCAAGAGAAAUAAGAGCAUAGGUAAUAUUAAUAAUGUUAAAAAAAUACUAUUAAACAAAUAAUAAAAAUUUAGCUUUCACAAUUCCGAAUUGCAUUGUACAUAAGAUUAAUCGAAAUAUUAUGAAAUAAUUGUUAUGUGAUAAAUAACUACCAAGAUGUCCAUAUUUUAGACUGUUUUUGUAGAAAUUUUUUUUUAUGUAUUAGUAUUUGAUUUGGAUAUUUAUUUCAAACUAAACGUUAUUAUUUCAUGCUGAUUUGUCUAACAGACAAAAAAGGAAAACACAUUUUCGUCAGGAGUAUUUUAUUUCUGUUUUGUAUCUAAUAUAAACAUCUUUUAAAUAUAAUUAUAUAAAAGAUAUUUUCAAGCAUGAUUAUAAUAGACAGUAAUUAAGGUCGAUACUAUUCAACAUAGUAUAAUACAGUUUGGUAUAGAUUGGUGCAACUUAGAAACAGAAGGCCAGCACUUACUUGAGAACAAAAACACGUAUUAUUAUUUAGUCGAUUCGGACCACAAGCGGUUCGUAUCGGUGCGAGUCGACUAAGAAUUUUCAAAUGGGUCGAUUCGCACCUUGCUCUAAAUCGCUGAAGAACUAUUUUGUAAAGUUACUUUAAUUAAAUUUUACCCUGUGGUCCGAAUCGACCCAUACUAAAAGGACACCUGGAGCCAUUCGCACCGCUCUAAAAAUGCGAAAAGACCAAUAUAAAACGAACGAACGAGUAGGUCCGAAACGACUAUAGACUCGGGCUGUAUCACGACAUCACCCAUAUCGUCGCUAAUUGACGUAUCUGAAAUCUGGUGAAUCUGAUUUGCACCUUUUGCUUUUAAUAAGACACAAAUUAUUUUAGCAAAGAAUUGCAGAUACGCCAGUUUGCAAAUUCGACCCAAAAUUGUGGCGAUGUCUUUGAGAGAUACAAUGAAUGCGUUUGGUAGUUUUUCCCACUAUUUACUGCCACAAAUUUCUACUAGCAAGAUUAUUGGUAAUUUGACUAGCUGCUGUUUGCCGGAGGCAUUAGGGCGAGGCCCGCAACACAAUUUUGAGAAAGCGACGCUGUUUAGGGGCCCUAAUCUAGUUUAUAUCCGUUACCUAGAUGGCGUACGUAUAGCCUAUAUGUAUAGGAUUCAGUGUAAAACAUAAAUAAUUUAGUCUUUUUCCAUAAUUGAGGCUUCAUUUUAUUUGUGCCACAAGCGCUAAUAUAAUGUAUUUUCUUUAAAUUAUUUAUUAAAUAUACAUUCCCAUACAAAAGUAUUUAUCAAGUUUCUGUAUUUUUGUUACCAAUAAAAGUAAAUAAACCUUCACCUUUUUUAUGUGUAGUUUCUAACAAUAAGUAAUAAAAAGAAUAUUUGAAUAGGAAGUUAGCAAUAGUUUCAAACCCAGAGUAAAACUGAAGAAACCCUUCCUGUUUAUAAUAUUUUUGUGGGUCUCUAGACCUUUUAAGUAGUGGCAAAAAGGUGUAGAGCAAGUUUAUCUAUGACAAAAAUAAUAAUUUCGAUCACCGUAUGGCGUGGCUACACUUACGCCAUCUAUUGUCGACGAAACGUACAUAACGAGGGUCCCAACGGCCUAACAUAGCUCCAAGCUAAUAUAGUUCCAAGAAACAUUGCAACCCUUUCAAACUAACAGCUUUUUCACACAUCCGAUUCUUAUACCCGACCAAGAAUGACGGACAGUUGAAAAUUACUACGUUAUAUCGGAUGUAGCACUAGCAAACUACCAUACAAUAGUACUACGGCCACUUCGGAUCAGUCAUUUUACGGACUCGAAUCGGAUAAGGCGAUUCUCUGCCCCGCAUGAUGCAGCGUAGCGCGUGGAUGCGUUCUUCCGUUGCUUGUAAGUAUCUCCGUUUGUAUAGAAAACACGCACGGUCUAAAACACAGAAAAUGCACCCGCAUGAACGCGCGUGGAUGCAUUUUCUGUGUGUAGAGCUUGUCCAGAAAGAGCGAAUUCGCCGCGAUUAUCUAGCGCGUAUUACGCGCGACCGUUGCGUCCACAAGGUACGUACCAACGCGCGAGCAUUUGGGUAUUCCGUGUCAUAAUUUUGCCGCUCCAUUGCCCUCGAUACGUGCACUCGCUCUAAAGUUCGCGCGUUAACUGGGCGCAACAAGGCGUCCCUAGUAUCUCAACUCGCGCGAAUCAAGCGCGAGUCGAGAGUCGAGCGUAGUGCACGCGAUUUAAGCGCGUAUUUUGAAUUCGCGCGAUGCUUGUGGACGCGAUGUAUUGCUGUCUAGUAUCUCACUAACGCGCGAAUCACUUCGCGCGAAUCGUUUCGCGGCGAAUUCGCCCUUUGUAAACUUACAAGCAACGGAAGAACACGCGCUACGCUGCAUCAUGCGGGGCAGUGUGAGAAUCGCCUAAGAGUUAGAGUAGUGCGAAAACGCCUUUAUCCUUCUUGUUUCUAAGUUGUCUCUACAUUAUAAUGUAUACUAUACUAAGGUUAGUAAUAAUGUUCAUAGCAGAAAACGGUCCAUUUAAAGUUCUAAAAAUACCCUCCACGACCUGCGCUACCUUGUCAACAAUGUGACAUGACAAUAUCGUUUGCAUUUAUAAAUUGUAUAUUGUACAAAAUGUAAAUUAGAAUUUACCUAAAUUAUUUAGUUUUGUUUUUGCGCUGGCCUGGGAACCAAAAUUAACAUUCCUUUUGUUCAUUGUUUAAAAUUUUGUUUUAUUUGUAACGUAUACAAGGCCUACAAAUUGGAUUUACUAUAGAAGAAUUUAUAUUUAUUUGUGGUAUAAUUUCGUCUGUAACUUCCGUAUUAGAGUUAUAUAAAGAAGUAGAGUUUACAUAAAUUGUACUGUGACUGUUGGUCGGUAAGGGUGUUGAAAUGUUGUACGUUACAUUAUCGAGUACCACGUACGUCGGUACGUUAUAAUUCCCUUAGAAUAUUUUUUUAGAAAUUGGAAUCGAGUGUCUGCCGACACCGUAAUGAGGCACGGCUCGUGGGCCGGUCCGUAGCGUCGUCUUACUGAAAUAUACGAACCGACACCGA